AUGCACCUUUUAGCUCGCACCACCUCCACAACCCCCAAACUCCUCGCCCGCCAAUGGCUCGUCCUCUACCAGCAAGGCCCCGUCUGGGUGCCGCCCUUGAUCUACACGGGCUUCUUCUCCAAUCUCUAUGUCGCCUUCUCCCCCUCCAGCAACUCAUUUUUCAUCACCCUCCACAUCACCGCCGCAGCGCUGACCUUCUCUAUUAUCCCCAUCACCUUCCUCUACCUCGAGCCGGGCAUCAACGGCGCGUGCAAGUGGAAGGUCGAGAUGCUGCUGCGCGACGCGAAGGAGGGCGGCGGCGGCGGGUUCAGCAUGCCUUCGGCGAGGACGCUGCCGUCGGUGGUGAGGCACUCUGUCAGGGGGGGUUGGCAACGGUGGGCGGAGAGGGUAGAGAUGGCCGACUUGGUUGUCACCUGGGCUCGGUUGAAUCAUGCGCGGUGGGUACUGGGUGUAGUUGCCGGGAUGGUGAGCUUUGUGGCUUCGAGGGGCAGUAUGUUAGGGGAUUGA